UUGUAUAUUAUUACUCGUACUCUAUGUUGUGUAUUAUUACUAGAAACAAAUUAGUGUAGCUAUGAUGUCUAAAAUCAUAAUUUUAUUUGCAAUUGGUCUUGUCGUAAACGUUUUUGGCGAUGAUUAUGAGUGGUCAGAAUAUAAGAAACAUUUUCACAAAAGAUAUGGUUAUACGGAAAAUAACAAAAGAAGAGCAAUUUUUGAAAACAAUCUGGAGAAAAUCAAAGAAAAUAAUAAUAAUUACAAUCUAGGUUUAGUGUCCUACAAAUUGGCCAUUAAUAAAUUCACAGAUAAAUCGCCAAACGAGAUUUCUGCUAAAUAUUAUACAGGUUUGGGAAAUAAAAAACUGUCAGGUAAAAGAAAGAGGGAUGCUUCUUAUAACAGUUUUAACGGUUUCGAAAAUGGUAUCGAUGAUAGUUCAAAUGUUCCCGAAUCUAUCGAUUGGAGAGCCAAAGGCGCAGUAACAGAUAUAAAAGACCAGGGUGAAUGUGGUAGCUGUUGGUCUUUCGGUGCGACUGGUGUAAUUGAAGGACAAAUGGCAAUCCACUAUGGCAUAUUGGAAUCCUUAAGCGCACAACAGCUUAUCGACUGUGUGUAUUGCUCUGGUUGUGAUGGGGGUAACGUAGAUGAUGCUUUUGAUUAUGUUAUGGAUUACGGGUUGAUGACUAGCGAGGACUAUCCCUACGAAGGUGUUAAUGGUGAAUGUAAAGAUUCCUCAGACAAGUCAAAUAGGGCAUUUAUAGAUGGUUAUGAUUUUGUUAAAACAAAUAGCGAAGAAGCUUUACGAUCCGCUGUUGGAUUAAUUGGUCCAAUAUCCGUGGCCAUACAACCAGAAGCGAUAAUGAACUAUGAGAAAGGUAUUUUUGAUGGUGCUUGCACAGGUAAUUUAAGCCACGUUGUUUUGAUUGUUGGUUACGAUAAACUUGUGGCGGAUGGAACUAGCUACUGGAUCAUAAAGAACUCUUGGGGUACCGAUUGGGGCGAGAAUGGAUAUAUGAGGCUGAGGAUGGGAAAGAACUUGUGCGGCAUAACAACAGAGCCACCAAAUUACGCCAAAAUCUUCAACCCCAAACGCUACAACAAUAUCACCAACAAACGUAGCACCCUUGGUAGCAUCUUGAAGGAAAAAGCGACCCUCAAAAGCGACCAACCUAUCACAGCCAACGACCUGAACAAUAUCAUCUCGGGAACCAACAACAUAAUUAACAUAGGAAACAUAUACUUAAUUAUGAUUUUCUCCCUUCUACAUCUCGUAGUAUUCGUGGCAAUUAUAGGUGGCAUAAUUUUUUAUGUUUGGCGGAGGUUCUAUCCCAUGAACUAUCCACAAGGGAAUGCAAUCCCGCUCCAAAAUCUCAAUCCCGCAAACCUGCGGGAUUAAAGCAGUCAAUCCCGCGGAUCCGCAAAAUUGCGGGACUGUAAACAAUAGUCAUACAUUUGGUCCUAAAUGGUACA